AUUAGCGGAAGUGUUCUUCUUUCCUUUUUGCUGUAGGCCCGAGUGGGAGCUGCUGAAAUGGGCAAGUUCAUGAAACCUGGGAAGGUGGUGCUUGUCCUGGCUGGAUGCUACUCUGGACGCAAAGCCGUCAUUGUGAAGAACAUUGAUGAUGGCACCUCAGAUCGCCCCUACAGCCAUGCUUUGGUGGCUGGAAUUGACCGCUAUCCCCGCAAAGUGACAGCUGCCAUGGGCAAGAAGAAGAUCGCCAAGAGGUCAAAGAUCAAGUCUUUUGUGAAAGUUUAUAACUACAAUCACCUGAUGCCCACAAGGUACUCUGUGGACAUCCCCUUGGACAAAACUGUCGUCAAUAAGGAUGUCUUCAGAGAUCCUUCAGAGACAGGCCAGAAUCAGGCCCUGGGCUGGAGGAGCCUCCCUGGAUUGCUUUCUGUGCUACAGUGCUGUCAGCAGAGUGGACCAUCUGAGCACUUCCCGGACGAUGCAGACCAGUGGCAGGAACUGGCCGGCACCAAGGCCGCUCCUGGGCGCCAGGCCGCGGCGCCUCCGAGGACCACAGGUGGACAGCGGGAGGCUCAGAACCAGGGCCCGGGGCGAAGAUGGCCUUCGCUGCGGUCAACCCGGAGCACGUGCUGGGGCUCACCGGCCUCACCGCGCUGA